AUAUAUAUUCUUUUGCAGAAACAAGGACCUGACCGACAAAAGAAGCUGUCCUACAACCCAAUCCAAUUGAAUUGAACUCCGCAAAGAUCCACACAGAUCAUAAAGAAGAUGAUCCAGGAACUGUUAAGCGGUGCAGGCCUCAAAGCAGGCCAAAGGAAAAUCUCCACUGAUGGAGCCGGGGGAAUUUUGCCGCUCAUCACUAAAUCUCAUACUCCUGUCCUUUCUUCUUCUUCUUCAUCUCACUCCUCCACCCCCACCACCACUUCUACGGCCACGGUGGCGGCUGCUGCCACCUCGACAAAUUCGGAGAACCAGAAUCUGAGGUGCCCGCGGUGUGAUUCUUCCAACACGAAGUUCUGUUACUACAAUAACUACAACCUCACUCAGCCUCGCCACUUCUGCAAAACAUGUCGCCGGUACUGGACCAAAGGUGGUGCUCUCAGGAAUGUUCCAAUUGGUGGUGGUUGCCGGAAGAAUAGGAACGUGGGCGCAUCCAACUCCGUGGUGAAGACGAGCGUGGCUAAGAUGAAAACAGCUUCACCAUCAGAGCUUGAAAGGUCGGUGCUCGGGGUGGCCGGGUUCAUCGACCACGACCUUGCUUCAAACCCGAUUCCAUGGGGCUCGCCUCAAAAUUCUCACGUGUUAGCUUUGCUGAGAGCUGGUCAAAACCAUAACCCUAACCCUAUCUCUAGUCUUCCCAUAUCCGUCAAUGCUGUUAAGGAAGAAGGGGACUUGAUGGUGUCUGAAACAGUAGUUGGAAAUGGGAUAAUUAAUGGUCGAGCCCUAAACUUCGAUUCUGCUAGGCAAUUCCCCGCGCUUGGGCUCUGCAGCUCUAUCUGGAGAAGCAGUACUAAUAAUAAUGAUAAUAAUAAUAAUAAUAAUAAUCAAGAUGGCCGGUCCAUAGUUGGAGAGCACGAGGGCAGUGGAAUUCAAGAAAUUUACCAGAGGCUAAGGUCAUCAGCAGCAGGUAAUUAUUGUAGCGACAAUAACUCGUCACAGGUGUUUCUGGGGAACAUGGCUUCUUCUUCCCAUGCAUCUUCUUCUAUAUCUGCUAAUUUGGAGUCAGCUCCGGCAGUUGCUGCGGACGAUCAAUUGGGGUACACAUGGAAUCCAACCCUUUCGUGGUUUGAUCUUUCCACCACCAAUGGUACUGCAUAUCCUUAACUCCAUUCUACCAUCAUCUUAAUAUCUCUCUCUCCAAGAUAUUUUUCUGGACUCUCUGGUAUGUUAGGGCUUUUAAUUUCUGCUUCGCUUGUCUUUGGUUUCGAGUGGUAUAUGAAUAUGGAUAUGUACGUACCAUCAGUUUUUUUGAACGUUUCCCACUUCUUGCUUUCUUCUGUAUGUUUGGGUCAAUGUAAUGUUUGGCUUAGUUCUCAAGGACCAAGCAGUGCUAAAAUUGAAUGGAAAUUAAAACGGAGUGUUUCUAGUA